UGAAGUUCCUAGUGUAUCUGUGACUGUUGAGGAACCACCUGCACCUGCUCUUGAUCAGGAUGCCAGCGUCAAAGCAAAGAAGAAAGGACUGUCCCUGCCUAAAAUGCAUUUCCGUCAAAAAUUCACAGGAAAGAAGCACCCUCGCUUUAGAUCAAAAACCAAGGAAAGUAAAUCUUUGAGUGCUAGUGGCAAAGUUACGACAAGCCUGCCUAACGUUGCAACAGCUACAUCCUUGGAAACUCCACUGUCAGGGGAGGAGAUGAGGGCUAGAAGGGCGUCUGACGCCGCUGAUAUUGCAGCAGAGCAUGAAAUUGGUGCAGCUGGAGACCUUGAUGAAACACCCGGGAAGUCCAAGAGAAGCAGAUUCCACUUCCCAAAUCUUCACUUCUCUCUGCCAAGAUUCUCCUCACUCCUGUCACCACACAAACCUAAAAAUACUGUGGAAGUUGAAGAGCCAGAGAUGACUGAGCGCAAAGCAGAAGUGGAAAUACUGGACGUCACAGCAGAAGCAGACAUACCUAAGACAAAUCUGGAUGUUGUUAUGCCAGAGGUCUCAGGGAUGGCAGAGUCUGCACCCGAAGUGUCUGUUGAAGGAGCUGUUGGAGGAGUUGAAGGAGCUGUAGGAGGAGUUGACAUUUCAGGAUCCGAGAAGGUUGCAACAGAUGUUGAUCGAGCAACUAGCCCUCUUGCUCUGGCGAUUGAAGAUCCUUUCCCUGAAGUGAAACUUGAUGUCGAUCCAGUCAGUGUAGAAGUAGAUCUGCCAGACAUCAGUACCACAGAUUCUACAGUUAUUGAAGGAGAGAGUGCUGUAGAACAGCCAGAUGUUGCUUUGAAUAUCCCUAAAGCAGAUAGUCUUAAUGUUGAUGGUGCACUAAGUGCAGAAGCUGCUGUUGAGUCACCAGAGGUAAAUGUCAGUGAUGCAAACACCAGCAGUGGAGAAAAGAAGAACAAAAAGAAAAGCUUUUUGCCUAAUAUGCAUCUUCCAAAAUUUCACAUGAAAGGAACACCGAUCAAGUUUAGAUCAAAGGGAAAGAAAGAAACUGUAGAAACCCCAGAUUUUGAGGAUGGAGUGAAAGUGGGAGGAGAUGUCAAUACUGAUGUGAGCUUUGAGACUCCUCACUCUCCAGAUUUGAGCAUGGUUGUCAAUACCUCUGGAGACCCCAAUGUGACAGUAGAAGGAGACGGCAAAAUUCAAAAUUCAGAUGUUGAAGCCAGAGACGUGCAGACGAUUUCAUGUGAUAGUGAAAUCCCUCGGAUCAAUGUUGCUGCUGAUGCAGAUAUUGUGGUGAAGAAAUCAGAGAUUGAUGUCAAAUCACCACGCAAUGAAGUUGGGGCAUUAGUGGGUAAUCUCUCGGAUACAAAUGUUGAUCUUCCCAAAGUAGAGUCCAACCUUGAUGUUGAGGGAAAACUAAGUGGAGAAGGCAAACCAUCAGUACCUGAUGUGGACGUAUCAGCAGAUUAUCCUGACACUUUACCAGUAGCAGGAACUGUGGUAAUCGCAUAUGACACAAUUGUCGAGUCAGAAAAUGGUGGAGUUGAGGCGUCCAUAGAGAACAUUGAUGGACAAGGUAAAUUGGACAUUGAGACAGAUAUCAAGACACCAGAUGUGGAAGUCCAUUCUGGAGCUACAAAUCAUGUCCUUGAUCUUGCAUUAGGAGGUGCUGCAGAUCAGGAGCUGAAAGUUGAUGGAAACAUCGCUAACCUCAACAUCCCAUCGUCAGACAAUGAGGAGAGUGAUACAAAGGAGAAGCAGAAAAAGAAGAAGAAGAGAAAGGGUCUCCACAUGCCAUCUAUUAACUUGCCAAAGUUUCAUCUCAGGCAUGAUAAGAAACAAUCUGCAAGUGUUGGUGCCAAUCUUCCUGAUGUGGUUGUACCCAACGGACAAGUAGAUGGAGCAGGCAUCGACAUGCAGGCAAGCACCCCUGAGGUUGUUGUGCCAGAGAAUGAGCCUUCAGUCAAAGCAGAAGUGAAUGUCCAAUGCAAGACUGAUGUAGGCAGUGAGGUAGAGAAGAAGCCUCUUUCUGCUUUAGGAGCUGCUGCAGUUGUAGCAUGUGUAGCAAUGGAAGUGGGCUAUUCGGAAGUUGAAGUUGAAGAACCAAAGGCAAGUCUAUCUGUUAAUAUGAAGGCAGAUCUUCCUGAAUCUGCAGAAGGAACUGUGAACACAUCUGCUGUCAUGGAGACACCCAGUGUGGAGCUAGACGUUGGUCCAAAGGUCGAUCAAGUAGUAGAAGAAGUUGUUCCUUCAGUCAGCCAGGCAGUAGCAGAAACUUUGCCAGACAUGGCAACAUCUGAGGAUGCUCCCAGCAAAGAUGUCACAGUAGAUACUUCAAAUGAAACUUCAGGAUUGGCAUCACCAGAGGUUGAAGUUGAUGAUAGCUGUCUUGAUGCCGAGGUUGCGCUUAACGACUCAUCUACCUCAACACCAUCCAAGUCGAAGAAGACCAGAAUGCGGAAAAUCAACUUCCCCAAAAUGAACUUCAAAUUGUCUCCUCACAAAUCUGGAGUAGUGAGUCAUAGUGCACCAGAAGAUGUCGAGGAAUCAACUGAUAAUUCAUUGACUCCUGCAGAGAUUGAAAAGAUAGAGGAAGCCCUUCCAUCAGGUCAGGCGCAUGUACCCGUACCAACUGUAGAAAUCAAUGGUGUCGGUACAGAAGUUGCUGAUGAUGACGUGACCUCUUCCGCAAAGAAAGGAAAAUACAGGAAGAGGAUAGGAGGUAAACUCAAGAAAAUCAGAGGGAAGAGCAAAGGGAAGGUUUCGGUUUCAGAGGACAUCAAAGGAGAAGGAUUAACAGCUGGAGUGUCAUUAGAAGCCGCCGGAGAGCCAAAUACAAAUGGGAGCAUAGAUCUUGACGCUGGCAAUGUGGAUGGUCUGGAGAAUGGCCUAUGCAGCACACAGGAGGCAGAUGUCGGUGCUGAUAUUACUUUUGAUUCUGAUUCUCCAAUCAUCCAUGCCAAUGACUUGAUCACCAGCACUCCGGUCAAAACCAGUGUCACAGUAGAUGGCAGACUGUGCAAGAACAACAGUGCCUUGGCCAACUCGGAACCGACCACACCCGAAUCCAUGAAUCUAGAUGCCGCCAUUGCCAUCAACAGCCUACCAGCCACACCCAUACCCGUCUCCCCCAUCAGCGAGAGCAGGCCCUUCUGGGUGGUGGUAGCCAUCGACUUUGGAACCACGUUCAGCGGGUACGCUUACAGCCUCACCUGCGAGCCGGAGAAUGUGCACAUCAUGAGGAAGUGGGAGGGCGGAGAUCCGGGCGUGACCAAUAUGAAGACCCCUACCACUUUGCUCUUGACGCCGGAGGGGGAGUUCCAUUCCUUCGGGUUCACUGCCAGGGAUUUCUAUCAUGAUAUGGAUCAUAAGGAAGCCAUAAGGUGGAUGUACUUUGACAAGUUCAAGCUCACCUUACAUGGAGACCCAAAUUUGAAUUUGAAGACAGAGAUCAAGGCAGCCAAUGGUAAGGGUUUCCCAGCUGCUACUGUCUUCGAGCACUCUUUGCGUUUCUUCCAUGACCAUGCUGUAGAAGAACUAUGUGAUCAGUCUAUGGAUGGUGAGGUGGACCCUAGAGAUAUCAGAUGGGUGCUGACGGUACCUGCUAUCUGGAAACAACCAGCCAAGCAGUUCAUGAGACAAGCUGCUUACAAGGCCGGCCUAGCAUCACCAUCCAGACCUGAUCGGCUGCUGAUAGCACUGGAGCCAGAGGCUGCGUCAAUUUACAUCAGGAAACUUCGCCUGAGAGAGCUAGCACCGGAACACCAGUCACAGAGACAGAAGUGGCUCAGGAGUAGUACAGGCAAAAUCACCAAGUCCAACUCACAGGUCUCAGAGAGCAUCAGACAUGGUACUCGUUACAUGGUUGUAGACUGUGGAGGAGGGACUGUGGACAUCACUGUCCAUGAGGUAGAGGAAGGACAAGGUACCCUCAAGGAGCUUCACAAGGCUGCAGGAGGGAGGUAUGGCUCAGUCAGUAUCGACCAAGAGUUUGAACAACUCCUUGUGGACAUCUUCAGUCAAGACUUCAUUGAGGAAUUCAAGGUCAAGAGACCAGCAGGCUGGGUGGACCUUAUGAUUGCUUUCGAGGCUCGCAAGCGCAACGCGAGCCCCUGGAAGAACAACCCCCUCAACGUGUCGCUGCCUUUCUCCUUCAUCGACUACUACAAGAAAUACACCAACGGCAAACAGAUGGAAGACACUGUCAGGAAGUAUAACUACAAAGAUGUCACAUGGUCGGCACAAGGUAUGCUGCGGUUCACACCAGAAGGCAUGCAGCGGCUCUUCGCUUCCACCAUGGAGCGGCUCAUCAGCGGUGUAGAUGAGGUCCUCAGCUCCCCAAGCCUGACUGGUAUCUCCUACCUGUUUGUCGUGGGUGGGUUUGCCCAGUCGGCCCUCCUGCAGAGUGCCAUCCGCAAGAAGUUCAGUAGCCAGCUGAGGAUCAUCAUCCCGCGUGACCUAGGACUGUCCAUCCUGAAGGGGGCGGUCUUGUUCGGCAUGGAUCCGUCAGCAGUUCGAGUGCGGCGCUCAAGGCUCACCUACGGCGUCGGCGUCCUCAACAAAUUCCAACCCGGCAAGCAUCCCGAUGAGAAGAAGGUGUCCAAGGACAACAUGGACUGGUGUAAGGACAUCUUUGAUACGUUCGUCCAAGCCGAUGAGUCCGUGGCUGUUGGUGACAAGGUGACCCGAAGCUACACACCGGCUAAACCAUCACAACAGGCGAUCAUCAUCAACAUCUACUGCAGCGACAGGGAAAACGUGAGGUUUAUCACGGAUGAAGGCGUCUGCAAGUGCGGCACCCUCAGCAUCGAUGUGAGUGAUUCACAGUAUAGUGGCAUGAAGGGCAGAAGAGAGCUUCAACUCACCAUGCAGUAUGGUGAUACAGAAAUCAAAGUCAGCGCUCUGGAUGUCCCAACAGGGAAGUGCGUCAAGUCCAACAUUGACUUCUUGAAUAAGUAAAGGAGAUUAAGAAAUAAGUGAACUUAAUAGCUAUAUAUAUUUGUAUAUAAAUAUAUAUUUUCUUUUGUUCAUGGUGCUUCUUUAAUGUUUGAAUUCUAUUAAGGAAUAAUAAUGUUAAGGGCUCUCUUGGAACAUACGAUUCCAGUUUGUUUGGAUACAGAAAGUAUCCAUUACAAAUACUACGUUUGUAUUUUCUUGGUAAUAGAUUGAUUGGAGAUGAUACAAAAUUGAACAAACAAUGAAUUUACUCAAUAUCAUAAUUAUAUGAAAUCCAUGCUGUUCUAUUCCAUAUAGUAUUAUAUUUAAUGCCUUAGAUCAAAUUGGUGUCGAAUCUUAGUGUCUUAUUUCUAUGAAAAUGAAUUAAUGAAUUUCUCUUCCAGUUUUUAUCAUCGAUUGGAAUUCAGUAUUGAAUUUGGAUCGUCAUACCUAGCUCACUCAUAGGUCUUGCCAUAUUUAAAUGUAGUGUUCCUUUUAUAUUCUACCAAAGUACCUAUUCUGAAAGUGUCUUCUGACAAAUCUUCCACCGAAACAAAAUAAUCUCUGUGGUAUUCCAAAGCUCAUCUAUGCAUUCCUUUGUCUUGCCACUAAAUAUUUUAUACCAACUCAUUUGUAUUAGAAACUCUCCUCAAGUUUGCCCAAAAUAUUCUCCUAAAAUGUCAAUUCAUAUCAUAUACCAUUGUAUGUUGUAUUUAUUAUUUAUGUAUACACUUUGUACCUCAGGCACUCUUGUUAUGUUUAUGUUUUGAAAUAAAUGUAAAAAUUACAUAUUCUUAUUAUACACAGUGGUAUUGUACAUGUACAUGUAUAUCAAAUCUGUUGAAGAUUUGAUGUCUACUUUAAUAUUCAAAUUUCACAUUGGCAGUGUUUGACAAGAGAUUUUGCUAGUUUUGUUUGUAUCUAGACAACAUAAUUUGUAAAUAGCUUUUCAAGCAUUUGUUUUCAUUUUUAACUUCCAUGCUAAAUUACUACGUCUUUAUAAGAGUUCACACCCAAAUGAUAAUGUUAGUUUUUUUUUAAAGUAUAAAAACUCAAUAAAAUGUGAAGCCCGCUGCAUCUUUAAUCAAUCAGCUGUAAAUAUCACAGUAAGUGCCUACCCUUUGUCAAGAUUUGUAUUUUGUAAUAAAUGUGUACAUAUUUUAUAUACUAUUGUUAAACAGUAUUUAUAGGAUAAAUGAAAUACAUUUAGUUGAAAUUGAUUGUAGCUAUAGUAUUAACUUGCCAUAUUAAAAUUGUCAGAAACAUUUACACUAUUGAUUAUGUGUACCGUAUACAACUUUUUUGUCUGUUACCAAAAUGAUGAUAAAAUAGUAUGAUGGGUGUUUUUAAUUCUGGUGUCAAUUGAUUUUUAGAAUUUAUCAAUUUGUAGGACUUACACAAGAAAGGGACCUUUCUAUUUAAAGUACAUAAUCAUAAUUUGUUUACCCUAUGCUAUUGAUGAACAUGUUAAAAGUUUUGAAAAGUUGAAAAUGUUUAGGCCAUUUGCCAUUCGGGAAAGGCAUUCUACGCAGAAAUAUUUCUUCUUUAGGGAGGAUAUCAGACAACAUCUUCAUAAUAAUUGAAGGAACCUUUUCCUCUUGGAAUUGCUACUUUCAUUACUUAAAAUAUGUGCCCCAGCUCUUCCUAUAAGAUUUGUAAUCAUUCUGGAGAAAGUUGUUUGGAUAUUUCAUUGAGAAGUAAAAAAAAAAUCCAGUGAAAUUGUGUUGUACAUUUGUAAUUUUGUGUAUUCGACCGAGGACACUUUCCUGUAUAUGUCUUCCCUAUAUUCAAAUAGUUCAUGCCUUCCUAAUGUAUCUUUAUAUCUGUAUCUGUAAUUCAAUUCGGUCAUUAAUACCACAGUGGUUAUUUACUGGUACGUGUAUUCCAUGUGUAAUUUGUAUCUGUAUUUUACAUAAUGUACAAGUCUGCCAUUGUGCAAUUUAUAUUUGUUGUAUAAAAGUCAUUUAUCUAUUUGUUAUUACUCUUUCCAUUUAUAGCACAUGUGGGCGAGAUGUCAUUUUCGUACGAGUUUUAAAGGGAGGGGCUACUGCAUCAUCCUUUAGUUUUAAACAAUCCCAUGUUCAGUGUAAUUGGGGGGAAUGUCAUAUACUAUUGCAGGUAGCUUGGUUUAUUUGAGGGGGCGAGAACGGAAGUUGCUAUUUAUCUCUUUAAAUCUAAGUUGAUAUAUCAACUUGUGAAUGUAUAUUAUUCAGUCAAUUUAAUGGUAUUUGUCUUUUUUUAACUUUAAUUUGUUUGUUUAAUGCAGUCAAAAAUAUGAAAGUAACUUUAUAACUCACAAGUAAAUGUAAAGUAAAUUUGAUUUUCUGUGUGAGACUCGUUGACGACUGAGGCUUUAGACAAUGUACUUAUGGUUCGUAUUCCUAUAUAUGAAUCAUUUGGAUUUAUUGGUUAGAUUUUUUUCUUCUUCAAACAUCCUUUGAUAAUGAAUGUAGAAUAUAUGAUGGCUUUGCUUCAUCACUCAGAUAUCAUUAAUAAACUUGUAAUAUUUAUGUAAAUACUUCAGUUUACGUAAUUUGUAUCCAUUGAUGUAUAGAAGUUCAUAUUACAUAUCUGUUCAAGUAUAGUAUACUUGGAAAUAGCAUGGAAGAUAAUCUCAUAAUUUACAAGUUAAUCUGUAGUCCUUUUUCAGUUCUUAAACAUUGCAUAAUUACUUCUCAUCCUUUAUAUGAAUUAGCUUAUAUAUUGUAUUCAAAAACUUUGUAUCCCUUUGUAUGUUAUUAUUGAACUUAUCUUAUUAUUUAGAAAUCUAUGUACCUCAUGUUAUUGUUGUAUUAAAAAUCCAAUAAACUGUAUUACUGAUUCAUUUAUGUA